AACUGCCGUUAAACCCCACCGAAGAAGAAGAAGCUUAAAGAAAAACGGGGAGAAGACUGCUUCUGCUUACCCACUGUUUGUUGCGAACGCAUCACCUCCUAGGCCUGUGUUGUCAGUUUUCCGGUAUCGUCUAACGCCCAGCCAUCAUGUCUUCUAGAACAUUUUUCGUAGGAGGAAACUGGAAGAUGAACGGUGACAAGAAGAGCCUGGGCGACCUUAUAACGACCCUGAACACUGCAAGCCUCAACGAUGAAACCGAGGUGGUGUGUGGUGCUCCCACCGUCUACCUUGACUUUGCCCGCUCGAACCUGGAUGCCAGGAUCGGCGUCGCCGCACAGAACUGCUACAAAGUUGCCAAGGGGGCCUUCACUGGCGAGAUCAGCCCUGUGAUGAUCAAGGACUGUGGUGUGGAGUGGGUGAUUCUGGGCCACUCGGAGAGGCGCCACGUGUUCGGGGAGAGCAACGAGCUGAUUGGUCAGAAGGUGGCCCACGCCCUGGAGAGUGACCUGGGGGUGAUCGCCUGCAUCGGAGAGAAGCUGGAGGAGAGGGAGGCUGGAACCACAGAGGACGUGGUGUACGCCCAGACCCAGGCCAUCGCAGACAACGUGAAGGACUGGAGCAAAGUGGUGCUGGCUUACGAGCCGGUGUGGGCCAUCGGUACUGGCAAGACAGCCUCACCCGAACAGGCCCAGGAGGUGCAUGAGAAGCUGAGGGAGUGGAUGAGGGCCAACGUCUCUGAGGCCGUGGCCGACUCCGUCCGCAUUAUCUACGGAGGCUCCGUGACGGGGGCCAACUGCAAAGAGCUGGGCUCCCAAAACGAUGUGGAUGGCUUCCUGGUGGGCGGCGCCUCCCUCAAGCCGGAGUUUGUUGACAUCAUCAAUGCACGUGCCUAGUGCACAAGCAACCUAACCUGCUGCUAGUAGUGUCCUGUGACUGCAUCUCUUCCCCGAGUUUCUGUGUGACAAUGAAGGACCUGUUUGUCAACAAGGGACGAUUUAACUCAUUUUGAAAUGCACUAUAGUUUAGGGGCCGGCCACAGUAAAAGUCCCACAUUGAUAAUACAUGUCAGUCUCCAUUGUUUGACGUAUUCUGUGUCAGGGUGGGACUUUUAUUAUGGAAUGUCUCUUUGGAUGGAAGUUCUUAACUACUAUAUACAUUCUAAAAUGUACAUUCCUGAUAUAUUAAUAAGCACUGCACUUAAUGAUGUUCUAUAUAGGAUAUGUGCUCACUCAUUACUGUAAGGGGACCAGUACUUUGUGUAUUGCUAGUGACCAAGUUCCAUUGUCACUAGAAGCAGUCAUGCACACGCUUGGUUUAGUCCUUCCUUUCUCUCCUAUUGGUUGAAUCACGUCAGUAACAUUUUCCAGCAAAUUACUGUAAAGACAGACCCACAAGGCUGAAGACCACUUGAAUAAAUGGUUUAGUCUGCUGUGAA